UUGAGCCCUAGGUUAAAAAGCGAUUAGCGACCCUAUUCACCCCCUCCCCCUCUAGGGUCGGACACCCCCGGUGAUCCUUACACACCUGCAACCCCUGAAGUUCAAAUUACUGGAUUCAAGAAUUUCAAUGCUUCCUGCAGCACAAUGGCCAAAGAAGUUGACGAUAUCUACAAUGCUUCUUGCAACAAAGUUACCAAAGAGGUUGAUGAUAUAAACAAUGAUCCAGGGAUCUCAUGUUUCAAAAAAUGUGAAAUGAUUGGAUUCAAUCUUGGUAGUUCUUCAGCAGGAAAGCAGCCAAGGCGCCCCCGACGUAUAAUACAACCCAAUUCUUAUUACAGAAACUUUCAAACCAAUAAGUGCAAUACAAGAUUCAUUGUUUCACCUCAAGACUUACUAGCCUAUGAAUGCAUCCUUUUUUACGGGCCUCACCGAGAGUAUGCAAGCACUGAAGUAAUCAAUUAUGACAAUGUUCGUGUUAGUUAUCAGCAGCUAGCAACAUUGAGGCAUUCUGAAAAAGUAUAUGUUGAUAAGUUUGUCAUCAAUGUGUUUUGCCGGAAGAUGUUCAAGGAUAAGCACCCUAAAGAUUCUCGCCGUCAUUUCUUCUUCUCCACAGUUGGUGAUUAUCUUAUGAACCAUGAAUGGAACCAGACUUUCUUACAUGACACUUGUCGGAGAUGCUUCACACUUGCAAAUGGAUGUUUCAAGUUCAUAGCAUCAGAUUACGUAAGCAGCACAUCUCUUUUCUUCCCAAUUCUACAUGACGACCACUGGUUCUUGUUCAUUGUCGCUCUACAUGAUGGUUACUUUAUCUUCCUCGACUCAUUCUUCCGUGAAGAUGAACUGUACCAACAGAAUGUUAGAAGCACUAUUAUACCAAAUUUUGUGAGAGCCUGGGAUGAAUUCAUUGGUGUAGAUUGGAAUUUUCAUGAGUUUGUCAUCCACUACGCACAUGUUCCGAAGUAUGAUAUGAAGUUUUUUUCAAAGUAUGAUGAUGGAGUUUUUGUGAUGAAGUUUCUGGAGUUGUGGGACCCACGCAUCGACAUGUUACAAAAAUUUUCAUCAAGUAAUAUCCCAGAUAUCAGGGUGCAAUACAUGAAUAGUAUGGUAUUUAGCCACCACAACUGCAAUAGUCAUGCGAAGGAUAUGGUCAGCAAUCAUAAAGCAAUGCUGGAGCUGAAGCGAAGACCUGGAUUCCAACCAUCUAGUUCUUUGCAGUUCUAAGAAUGCGGAUGAUGUUUUGGGGUACAAUGUGUGUGUGUGGGGGGGGGGGGCUGGUGGAUUAGUGUAGUGGUGCUUGGCCUGCUGGCUGUCAAGACUAGUGUACCCAACCAUUGAAUUUGUUUUCUAAAUGCAGAACUGUUUUGUUAUGUUCGAAUGUAUAACUUUUUCCUUUCUCCUUUUGCUACUGAUUUUUUUUUUCAUUUCACAUGUCUUUGGUACUGAAUAUUGUGGUAUGGAUCUUAAUCUCAUUAUCU